AUGGAGCAUUCUUGGGUCAGCCAAGCAGUAGAAUUGCCUGUUGCUGGUGUUGAACUUGAACUGCAUGAAGAUGAACCUGAAGACCAUACACAGGCAUCAGCACUGAAAUUUCUAUAUGAGGCAGUGAAGGGAGCUUGGCUCCAGUCUGUCUUCACCAGUCCCCCCCUUGUUGCCCAGUCAUCCGCGUUCCAGAGACUCGAAUAUAUCCUCAUUGGCUGGUUCUUUGGGUAUGGAACCCCAAUCGAUUCUGAGUUUUUGAACUCCCUAAUGGGUGUUCCAUCCACUGAAAAUCUGAAAUGA